AUGACCCGCAACCCACUCCACCCUGCAAUCAACGCCGCCCAAGUUUCCGAUUACAGCGCCCUCGACGCAGCUCUCGGCUCGCACCGUCGGCGUCGCGUUCCUCAGCCCAUCUUCAUGCCCAGCGGCACUUCAAGGGCGCUUCCUCCUGCAGUUCCCAUCGACUACGUAGGCCGCUUCAACCAAGGUAUUCCCAUGGUCGAACUUAGUAUCAAGGACAGGAGCCCCACCGAACUCGCGAAGAUGAUGGUGCGCGGCUUCGACCAGGUCUUCCCCCCUGACACUUCGCCCAUCACAUUCCGCAUCCAAUGGCCCGGCUACGACCACCUUGAGUACGUUCGAAGACUCCAUAUCGUUACAACAGGCCCUGUUAACUAUAAUCGCGCUGAAGUCGCCCAAGCCAUUGCGAGUGUCUUUGCCGAGUUUUGUGAUACUCACAAGAACACCCGAGGGACAGACCCAAACUACCAGGUAGGCGACAUUCAGUUCCAGAAGCUGGUGUUGGUCGGAAUUCGUAACGUGUAUGAGAACGUUUGGCAGGCUGAUGUUGCUAUCGAUAUGAAUUAA